GGAGCACUCUUGGCACAUUUUAAGGGAUUCUGAAGGAUGGCAGCAUCCUUUUCUCUCUCUUUUCCACACCAUCCUUAGGACGCAGCUGAAUUUCACAGUCGCCAUUGAUUUCACGGCCUCCAAUGGGAACCCCUCACAACCCACUUCUCUUCAUUACAUGAGCCCUUACCAGCUCAGCUCCUAUGCCAUGGCACUGAAGGCAGUGGGCGAAAUCAUCCAGGAUUAUGACAGUGACAAACUUUUCCCUGCUUAUGGCUUUGGUGCCAAGAUCCCACCAGAUGGCAAAGUGUCUCAUCAGUUCCCUUUGAACAAUAACCCAGACAACCCCAGCUGCGAGGGCAUCGAAGGAGUACUGGAAUCCUAUUUCCAAAGCCUGCGUACCGUGCAGCUGUAUGGACCCACCAACUUUGCACCUGUCAUCAACCAGGUGGCCUGUUUGGCUGCCCAGGUCACUGAUGGAUCGCAAUAUUAUGUUCUUCUCAUCAUCACCGAUGGAGUGAUUUCUGACAUGCUGCAGACUAAAGAAGCAAUUGUCAGCGCUUCUUCCUUGCCCAUGUCUGUCAUCAUCGUGGGAGUGGGCCCUGCUGAGUUUGGGGCUAUGGAAGAGCUGGAUGGAGAUGAAGUACGAGUCUCCUCCAGGGGACGUUAUGCUGAGAGAGACAUUGUACAGUUUGUGCCCUUCCGAGACUACGUAGAUCAUUCCGGCAACCACGUUUUAAGCAUGGCACGCCUGGCGAAGGACGUCCUAGCUGAAAUCCCAGAGCAGCUGCUUUCGUAUAUGAAGACCCGUGACAUCAAGCCCCUUUCUGCUAGACCACAGUAGCCCUGUCCUCCACAUAGCCUGAGCCAUUCAGAUAAUUCUGCUCCAGCUGGGACUGGGAAGAUGCUUACCACCUAGGCAAUACGGGCUCUUCCCUCUCUUUCAUUCAGAACUGGCUAGAUCAUGGGGCAGGAAGUUCACUACGGGGAGGUGGGCAGGACAGGAAUGCCAUGCUUCGCACACAAGAUGAGACACCAGCACAAAAGUGUGGCUCCACCCAGAAUCCCAAGUUGAUUCCAGUUUCAUAAAACAGCCCUGGCAAGAGGCACAGAAGAGGAAGUUCAGAAGAAGCAGGCAUCAUGCCAGGGGUCCUGGAGCUGUGUUUGUUUCAAGACCGGUUUGCUUAGUAAGGUGCCACUGAGCCCUCUUUCUGCCUGGUUAUUGACAA